CACAGUUUAUGUUUUUGUCAGAAAAGGAAUCAACAACGUUUGAAACUAGUUUGAAAGUUAGAAAAUAUUUCAAUGUGCUGUAAGAAGCCAAUUUUUGGUGGGAAUUUUUUUACUGCAUUCAUAUUGGACUAUUCCAAUUUUAAACGUGUAUUUAUCUAAAACGAUAUCAUGUUGAUUGAAACAUCGGAAUUAACGCGAAUAAAUCUAUGAUCGAAUACCGGUGCAUAUUUCGAAUCUUAACCUCAAGUUUUAGAUUCAAUCCUCAAUAAAUAAUGGCUGGAAAUUUUUGGCAAAGCUCGCAUCAUCAACAAUGGUUAUUGGAUAAACAGGAUUUGGUGAGAGAAAGACAACACGAUCUUUCUAUAUUGGCCGAAGACGAAUACCAGAAAUUGUUCAUCUUCUUUUCCUAUUUGAUUCAAGUUCUGGGAGAACAGUUGAAGUUAAGACAACAAGUAAUCGCUACUGCCACUGUUUAUUUCAAGAGAUUUUAUGCUCGUAAUAGCCUCAAAUGUAUCGAUCCGCUCUUACUGGCCCCGACUUCAGUUUUUUUAGCUUCUAAGGUAGAGGAAUUUGGCGUGAUAUCCAACACAAGACUGAUUAGCACUUGCCAAACUGUAGUAAAAAACAAAUUCAACUACGCUUAUUCCCAAGAAUUUCCAUAUCGAACGAAUCACAUACUCGAAUGUGAAUUUUAUCUCCUGGAACACUUGGACUGUUGUCUCAUAGUGUAUCAACCUUACCGUCCUCUCUUGAUGCUCAUCCAAGAUGUUGGUCCUGAUGAUCAACUUCUUACAUUAGCAUGGAGAAUCAUUAAUGACAGUCUCAGAACUGACGUUUGUUUACUUUAUCCUCCUUACCAAAUAGCCAUAGGUUGUUUGCAAAUAGCAUGUGUGAUAUUACAAAAAGAUCUUAAAUCGUGGUUCGCUGAGUUAAAUGCUGACAUGGAGAAAAUUCAAGAAAUAGCUCGAUAUAUAAUUAAUCUUUACGAAUUGUGGAAGACCUACGACGAGAAAAAAGAAAUUCAGGGGUUGCUGUCCAAAAUGCCAAAACCCAAAGCAGCACCACAACGCUGACACGAGGGUGAAUACAAUUGUCUGUACGAAACACCGGAGAGUUUGUAGUUUAUUUCCAUCUUGUACGAGAAUAACUUAUGGAAAUAACGGAAGUGAUAAAAAAAGACAGAAACCUGCAGCAUUUGCAGAGAUUACAAUUGGGACUUGCAUUUCAAUCUCGUAUUUAUUUGAUUUAUCGGUACGGUGAGAUAAAAAUUUAUCUCGUGAGUAAAAAAGCGACUAAAAAAAUGCGUCAAGAUUUCGAGGAUAUGAGAAAAGUAAGAAAACUAACGUUUAUUUAUGUACAAUCAUUUUCUGAGACGAUUCUCGUUACAUCGAACCCUUUGAAUAACGUUUGUAAAACUUUUUUACAUCGUCGUGACCAGCUUUCGUUACGACCAUCGUUCGUUUUCUGCAAAAAACCAAAAACAUUCUUUAAUUGACGAAAACAAACAAUUUUGAAGUUUGCUGCGGUUGCGAAUCGAAAAAUUCUUUUUCUAUUCAUCUCUACUCUUUUCCAGAAGAGACCGAAAAUAUUCUAUGUUGAAAUAAAUAAAAAUCGAAAUUUGCGAAAUAAAUUCAUUCAAGGCAA